AUGGCGCGCGUAUACGCAGAUGUGAACCAGCAUAUGCCAAAAUCAUAUUGGGACUAUGACAGUGUUAAUAUAUCCUGGGGCGUUCUGGAGAAUUAUGAAGUGGUUCGAAAAAUUGGUCGUGGAAAGUACUCGGAAGUAUUUGAGGGAAUCAAUGUCGUGAACUACCAAAAAUGUGUUAUUAAAGUAUUAAAGCCAGUAAAAAAAAAGAAGAUCAAGCGAGAGAUAAAAAUUUUACAGAAUUUAGCUGGAGGACCCAAUGUCGUCGCACUCCUGGACGUCGUCCGUGAUAGCCAGAGCAAAACGCCCAGCUUGGUUUUCGAAUAUGUCAAUAACACAGAUUUCCGAACACUAUACCCUCGCUUUGUGGAUUUUGAUGUUCGCUACUACAUCUACGAGCUGUUAAAGGCAUUGGAUUUCUGCCAUAGUAAAGGGAUAAUGCAUCGGGACGUCAAACCCCACAACGUCAUGAUUGAUCAUGAACGCCGAAAACUACGGCUAAUAGACUGGGGGCUGGCCGAAUUUUAUCACCAAGGGACUGAAUAUAACGUUCGGGUUGCAUCCCGGUAUUUCAAAGGCCCAGAGCUUUUAGUGGACUUUCAGGAAUAUGACUAUUCCCUCGACAUGUGGUCGCUUGGGGCAAUGUUUGCCUCCAUGAUAUUCAGGAAAGAGCCAUUCUUUCACGGUAGCAGCAAUGCCGAUCAGCUUGUCAAAAUCGCAAAGGUGUUAGGCACCGAUGGCUUGUUUGAAUAUCUCGACAAGUACGACUUGGAACUAGAUCCUCAGUAUGAUGACAUACUUCAACGAUACUCAAGAAAACCCUGGCAAACCUUUGUCAAUCAAGAGAACCAACGAUUUGUUAGUAAUGAAGCUAUCGACUUCCUAGAUAAAUUGUUAAGAUACGACCAUGCGGAACGACUUACAGCGCAAGAGGCCAUGGCCCAUCCUUAUUUUGCACCCGUCCGCGCCGCUGCAGCCCAAGCUGCCCAGAACUCGACCCCUCCCCCUUGA